AUGAGACUGUAUGCGCUUCUCUCUACUCUAGUCUUCCUCUUGGGCCUCUUACCCCGAGUUAGAAGUGGUUUAGGUGCAUCCGAGAUGCACUGUACCAAUCUGCAAGGCAUUUGCAGAAGAGACAUUUGCAAACUGAUAGAAGACGAAAUUGGUGCUUGCCGGAGACGAUGGAAAUGUUGCAGGCUGUGGUGGAUUCUCAUACCUAUUCCAACACCAGUUAUCUUCUCAGACUAUCAAGAACCCCUCAAGAGUAAGAUAAAGUAA